AUGGAGCAAAGUAAAGAAAACUCAAAGCAUAAUUCAAACAGUAAAGGUAAUCCUCAAUGCGAAAUUGAGAACAUGAUACUAUCCAUUGUGAAUAACAAUCAGUUUGGCGAAAUAUCCAAAGAAUUUCGACAUGAAUUUAUUGUCGCUAUGUGGAAUUUAUUGAUGAGUAAAUGGGUAUCCCUGAAUCCCCAAACUUCUUUUGCACUUAAGAAUAACACAAAAACCUUGAUUAAAGAUGAAAUAUGUUCACCAAUUUCCUCCGCAUUUACAUCUUUUGAAACAAAGUUCUUAUUAACAUGGAGUAGCAAGAGUUCGAUAAUUCAGCUUUUGGAAAAUAAUCCUGUGACACCAAAAGAAAAAUUCGAACUUUAUCCUCCAGUUGAUGGAAUUUCACGGGUUGAUAUAAAGAUUAGAAAAGAACGAUAUAAGGGUACCACGGGACGACUUAUGGGAACAGUGCCUCAAAUUCCGCCACCAUCGUCUAUGCAGAAGAGUUUACACUGGACUAAAGAAAAAUAUACUUCAGAAGAAAACGUAAUUGAUGAUUGCCGUGAACAAAUUAUCCAUUCCAUAAACUCCAACCCAAUAACAAUAAUAUCAGGACCUCCUGGAAUUGGAAAAACUACUUAUUUGCCUCAGAUUUUAGUAGAUGAGUGCUACAUGCAAGGUCAUCGUUGUCGUAUAAUAUGCUCCCAACCAUACCGUCUGUAUGCCCAUAUGAAUGCUGAUCGUUUAGCAGAAAUACGAGGAGAAACAACUGGUCAAACAGUCGGGUAUCAAAUUCGACUGGAAUCCAAGGUUUCUCCUAAAACUUUGUUGACGUUUUGUACACAUGGAGUGCUACUGAGAACAAUAUGUGCAGAUUCAAGAAUUAUGGCUGGUACCACACAUAUCAUAGUAGAUGAAAUAGAAGAUAAUGAAAUACCGGAAAACUUACAUUUAACAAAAAUGCAAAACACUGAAGCUAAACUAAUGAUGUCUACAGACAGUAAUGGUGAAACAGAUAAAUCAUGGCGUGCUGAUAAUCCAGAUGUAGGCUAUGGGAUUUUAUUGGCAAUUAUACCUUCUCUUUUGGCUCAGUAUCAACAUUUAAAAGUAAUUCUUAUUGUUAAUUCUCGUAUAUCUACGCACGAAUUUUGUUACAAAAACAUACUUAGUGAGAUAAGAAAUCCAAUGAAUUUAAUAAACACUCCAAACUCUGUUCCGAUAACCUACUGUGAAAUUCAGAAUACUGCCGCACAAUACAAAUUUGAGAUUUCAUCUAUAAAUUUUAAAGGUCAUGCACGACAAAAGUUCAAUUUAAUUAAUAAUGGUUUCGACAAAAUCAGUUCAGUUUCAUCACAUUCAAUAUAUGAUAUUCCUUCUCCUGCUUUUAUAGCGAAGGAUAGACCACCGAUCGUAAAAAUACAGAAUAAUAUAUCAUCUGAAAAUGUAGUCUAUAAAUCAUUACAGGGUUUUAGUAAGUACUAUAAUGGAGCUCCAAUAAUUAGUAUACCGUACCGUGCAAAACAAGUAAGAGUUUAUCAUCUAGAAGAUAUUUUAGAAUGGACUAAUUAUUCAACGUCACGAAUGAAUGAAGCAUUAGCGUGUAUGGACCAAGAUGUUGUACGAUGUCGUAAUAUGUAUUUUUGGCUUACAACUAAGGAAUCUGAUAAAUAUAUUUCAUGUGAGUAUCACAAUAAUACAACUGACGAUGCAAACAAAGUCAGUAUGGUUGAAGAUAAAACAUUCAACACAUCUGUAUCUGAUGCCGUACAAAAGAAAUCUCCAGUGCUUUCUGAAGUUCAUGCUGUAUCAUAUUUGAAAUAUGACCAAAUAUUAAAUCAAACAGACUACUGUUCAGAGGUUUAUUCAACAGAUUUUGCAGAGAAACACGCAAAUAACUUACUAUGGAGUAUUUGGCUUCAUACAGUUCUUGACCUUAAUAGAAACGAAUUAAAUAAACAUCAUAUGAAGAAAAUUGAUGAAAUGGAAGUCACCAAAGGGAAAAGUUCAUGUCUGACAAAUUUACUUCAGUGUAUUUUAGCUGGCUGGAUUUCUGUUGAUUACGAACACUCGAAUUCUGGAUUGACUCCAAUAAUGGUGUGUUCUGCUGGUGGUCUUCUAGAGGCUGUUAAAUGUCUAUUGAAUCAUGGAGCUGAUCCAUUUAUGCGUGUAGCUAUACCGUUCGAACCAUUAAUUGGACUAGCUCGUAAGCAAUUUGAAGAUUUUAAAAUUUUUGGUCCAAAGAAUCGAAAAUUUUCAAUCAAAGAUGAAAAUUACACUAUCAUAGGAGUUACAGCUUAUGAUUUAGCUUGUAUAUUCGAUAAUAACGAAGUUGCAAACUUACUGAAAACAUAUAUGAUUAUUUCAAGCCUUCGAUACGAGCCUCAAAAUUGGGAGGCUAUACUUCUAAGAUUUGGAUCUUGGUUUCAAAGUCCGAUAGGCAGAUCACAAUUUGAUAAUUGUACUUUCGACGAUCACCAACUAUUUGCAACUGAUUUAGGUAGUUUUGAAGAAACAAAAGCAAUAAUGAAUUCACUGAAUUUCCGUUAUAAAUUACUUUUAUCCUAUCAAUUAGCUAGAAACAAUAUGGAGCCAGAAACAGUAGUGGAUUAUGAUCUUCUAACGGCAUUAAUUGUGAAAAUCGACAGUUCUUUACCAAGAGGUGUAAUAUUAAUAUUUCUACCAUCAUAUGAAGAGAUUAUAACACUACGAGGACGAUUACUGGAUCCUGACACUUCUCCAUGGGAAUCCUCAGAAAAGCCACUAAUAUUUAUUCUUCACCCUCGAAUGCUUGUUGAUGAUUUGAAAACUAUAUAUGCUCAGUCUUCACGUUCACACAGUAAAUUAAUACUUUCGUCAAGUAUUGCAGAGACAUGCAUGACGUUUGAUGAUGUCGUUUAUGUUAUUGACUGUGGAUUGAACUGUGUGGAGGAGUUCCUUGAUUGGACUCAGACCACAUCGCUAAGAAACCAAUGGAUUUUAAAAUCAAACGCAAUUCAAAGAACGUCGAGAGUUGGAAAAAUCAUAAACGGAGUGUGCUUUCGUUUGUACAGUAGCUUGCGCUACAGUUUUCUUUCUGAACAAAAACAUGGAAGUCUAAGUGGACAUGUUGUUGAAGAGAUGUGUAUUCAAGCCCGACUACUUGCAUCAUCAAACAUUUCCUUACAAACAGUACUGAGUGCAUUGCCGAAACCACCUUCACUUAAAUCUUCUGAAAAUGCCAUUGAAACUCUAAAAGAAAUGGAUAUAUUGGACACUUUCGAAGAAUUAACUGACUUGGGUUAUCAUAUUUGUGACAUGCCUAUACCACCUCGUUAUGCUAAAAUGGUUCUAUUCAGCGUUGUAUUAAAAUGUCUUGAUCCGAUUCUUACAAUUGCAUGCAUACUGACGCACAUGGAGCCAUUUACACUACCUAGAAAUGCAGCUGAACGACGAGAUUUGAUGAAUAUUCGAAGAAGUUUAUCAUCAAACAGUUAUAGUGACCAUAUGGUGUUACUAAGAGCUUUCCAGUUUUGGCAAAAAUCUCGCGCAGAAGGAUGGGAGAAAGAGUUUUGUCAAAAACAUUUUAUAUCUACUGCAACUUUCGAGGUUAUUAUCGCUAUUCGAACUCAACUACUCGGGCAACUUAGAGCUUCUGGCUUCGUAAAAACGAAAGGAAGUGGAGAUAUUCGAGACCUUAACAGUAAUUCGGAAAAUUGGGCUGUUGUUAAAGCUGCAAUUGUAGCUGGUUUGUAUGGAAAUUUAGCUCAAGUAGAUAGGAAGAAUUCCUGUUUGAGAAUAGUAAAUGGAAAUUCAUUGCCAGUUGUGCUUGAUCCUCAAUCUGUGAUUGCCACAAAUUCUAAUGGAGAAGAAAUGAACGUAAACAAUUUACCUUGUGAUUGGCUUGUUUUUAAUGAAGUGUUUACUCUAACUGAUCCAAAGUUACACACCUCUCUGGAAUCUAAAAAUGCAGAUCACAUGGCCUUAAAGAAACUAAAGAUCAUACGAUGUGUAAGCAUCGUUUCACCAAUUACUGUAGCGCUAAUGGGCGGAUCGAUUCGAGUAUGUCCACAGAUAGAAAAAGAAACCCAUUCGAUUGCAAAUAACCUGAAUCUUAAAACACCUUUGAAAGAACUGCAAAGGCAGGAGUGCAAAAACUCAGUUCAAAAACAAGAAGUCGGUGGUUGUAACAAAAAUGAAAGUAAUUCUGGUAAGGCUUGUGUAAAUCCAAAAGACAGAUUGGAAAAAGAUUUAAACUCUAUUUCUGUUUCAGAAAUUAAUAUGAUUGCCACAUCGCCAUACAUCCAACAAAAUAUACAUAAAACGCUACGUAAAAUCAUGCAACAAAAAACAAUCAAUCAAAAUCCACACAGUAUGUUGUCUGACUCGGAUACCACAAGUUCCAGUUUUAAAAGCUCGGAACUAGAUAAUUCUGCCCUAAAAAUUUUUAAAUAUUUCAAUUCUAUGCUAAUCUCAGACUGUUUCGAUGAUGUAAAACCACUGUCUUCACAAAAACAGACUAAGCUUAGUCAUCCGUCAGUAGAACAACCGAAUAUGGAUUCUCCAUCAUCAAUAAUCGACCGGCAAAAUAAUAUCGUAUCAUUUCAUUUAGACCCAUAUAAAUUUCUCCGAUUCACCGUAAAUUCAAAUGAAGCAUUAAUGGUGACAGAAUUAAGACAAAAAUGGCAUGCUUUGUUCCUGCGUCGUUUGAAAAAUCCAGGGAAACAAUGUUCACAACAAGAUGAGGCAGUUUUAAAGUGUUUGAUCAGCGUUUUGACCAAUGAAGAAAAAGCACUAGGAUUACGCCAACCAUUCGGUGUUGGGGCACGUCCUCGUCCUGUGACAGUAGAACUUUAUAACCGGGUUGAUGACGUUCAAAAUAUCGAUCCUAAAGGUAUGAAGGUAAUUAAUGAACAGCCUAUGAAUAAUAGAUAUGGAUCAAUUGUUUGUACCACUGCAGAAAAUAACACGAGCUUCGUAAAACAAAAUAAUUUUAUGUAUAAUUAUUCCCCAAUCACAAAUCCAAAACUAACACAAGUUUUAAGUACCAAUGAUUUCAACAAACCCUGCGAACAGUAUUCGUUUCAAGCUUACAAAGACGAUAACAAUACAAGUGUGUACAAUCCAAUCAAGCAAAUAAACAGUUCAAGUACAGAAAUAUGGAAAUAUCAUCUCCCUUCAAAUACGACUAACAACACUGAUUCCAUGUCAGUCUACCAACCGUGUAAAGCUAAUAUUUCAUUAUCAGAAGGCAAGGACAAUUCAAAAAUCAGUGAAAUGACUCAAGAUUUUUCAGAAACGCAUAUUAACAUUCAAAACUUUAAAUCUGAUUCGUUACCUAAUUUAAAACGAUUGGAUGUAAUGGAAAAUAAAGAACACCAAGUCAGUGAAUACGAAAUUCUAGGAAGUAAAAUACGUCAUCAUUCGACCACAACUGAAGGUAAAAACAGUUCAGGUACUCUGUACGGUCCUCAUGCUCUAAAUACUGUAACUAAUCAUUUUGAUGUUACCUAUUCAACUGCUAAUCAUAAUAACAUAACAAUAGAAAAUGAUAUUCUUUUUCGUGACAUCAAUGAUAUAAUCUAUGCAUUAUUAAAUGAUGACACAAACAAAAAUUAUAACUGA